CCCCAGUAGAUGCCGUGGAGUUUGAGUUUUGCUGCAUCCGUCACUGAAGAACAAAAUAAGAGUAGAGGAGACAGACAGUCUGCAGAGCAUGGGAGGCGGUGGGGUUUUCUGAAACGUUUGCUAGGCUUUUCGUGGAGCAUGAGCUUUUAAAACGAAUUCUUUUUAAAGAAACUCAUUAGUGUGGCUGGGAAAAUGAUACAUAUGCUAAAUGCAGCAGCCUAUCGGGUGAAAUGGACCAGAUCCGGUGCUGCUAAGAGGGCUGCCUGCCUGGUGGCUGCGGCAUAUGCUCUGAAAACCCUCUAUCCCAUCAUUGGCAAGCGUUUAAAGCAGUCUGGCCACAGGAAGGAAGAAGCUGCCGCUUACCCGCCUGCAGAGAAAAGAAAAAUACUGCAUUGCACAGAAAUCGGCUGCAAAAAGGCUGCGCCCGGACUGAAUGCAGAAUUUUUCAAACAGCUACUAGAACUUCGGAAAAUACUCUUUCCAAAACUUGUGACCACUGAAACGGCGUGGCUCUGCCUCCACUCGGUGGCUCUAAUCUCAAGAACAUUUCUUUCUAUCUAUGUGGCUGGUCUGGAUGGGAAAAUCGUGAAGAGCAUCGUGGAAAAGAAGCCUCGGAGUUUCAUCAUCAAAUUAGUCAAGUGGCUUAUGGUUGCCAUCCCUGCCACCUUUGUCAACAGUGCUAUCAGGUACCUGGAGUGCAAACUGGCUUUGGCCUUCAGAACUCGCUUAGUAGACCAUGCCUAUGAAACCUACUUUGCAAAUCAGACUUAUUAUAAGGUGAUAAAUAUGGAUGGGAGGCUGGCCAACCCGGACCAGUCCCUCACUGAAGACAUUAUGAUGUUCUCACAAUCUGUGGCUCACUUGUAUUCCAACCUUACCAAACCUAUUCUAGAUGUAAUCCUAACUUCCUAUACUCUCAUCCGGACUGCUACAUCCAGAGGAGCAAGCCCAAUAGGGCCCACCCUGUUAGCCGGACUUGUGGUAUAUGCCACUGCUAAAGUGCUGAAAGCUUGCUCUCCCAAAUUUGGUACACUGGUGGCCGAGGAAGCUCAUAGGAAAGGCUAUCUGCGGUAUGUUCACUCCAGAAUCAUAGCCAAUGUGGAAGAAAUUGCCUUCUACAGAGGACAUAAGGUAGAAAUGAAGCAACUGCAGAAAAGUUACAAGGCUUUAGCUUAUCAGAUGAACCUUAUUUUAUCCAAGCGCUUGUGGUACAUCAUGAUAGAACAGUUCUUGAUGAAAUAUGUGUGGAGCAGCUGUGGACUAAUUAUGGUGGCUAUACCUAUUAUCACUGCAACAGGCUUUGCUGAUGGUGAUCUGGAGGAUGGCCCAAAGCAGGCUAUGGUUAGCGAUCGGACAGAAGCCUUUACUACUGCCAGAAAUUUAUUGGCCUCUGGAGCUGAUGCUAUUGAAAGAAUUAUGUCUUCAUACAAAGAGAUCACUGAACUAGCAGGCUAUACUGCUAGAGUAUACAAUAUGUUCUGGGUCUUUGAUGAAGUGAAAAGAGGUAUUUAUAAGAGAAAUGUCACUCAGGAGCCUGAAAAGCAUGGCAAAAGAGGAGAUGACAUGGAACUACCCCUCAGUGACACCCUGGCCAUUAAAGGAACAGUUAUUGAUGUGGACCACGGAAUCAUAUGUGAAAACGUGCCCAUAAUUACACCAGCAGGAGAAGUGGUGGCUUCCAGGCUAAACUUCAAAGUAGAAGAAGGGAUGCACCUUUUGAUUACUGGUCCCAACGGCUGUGGGAAAAGCUCUCUCUUCAGGAUCUUAAGUGGGCUAUGGCCUGUGUAUGAAGGCGUCCUCUAUAAACCACCUCCCCAGCACAUGUUCUAUAUUCCGCAGAGGCCAUACAUGUCUCUUGGAAGUCUACGUGAUCAAGUCAUUUAUCCCGAUUCAGUGGAUGACAUGCAUGAAAAAGGUUAUACUGACCAAGACCUAGAAGGCAUUCUGCACAGUGUCCACCUCUACCACAUAGUGCAAAGAGAAGGAGGGUGGAAUGCUGUUACGGACUGGAAAGAUGUCCUAUCUGGAGGAGAAAAGCAGAGAAUGGGUAUGGCACGGAUGUUUUAUCAUAAACCCAAGUAUGCAUUGCUGGAUGAAUGUACCAGUGCCGUGAGCAUUGAUGUUGAAGGAAAGAUAUUUCAGGCUGCUCUAGGGGCUGGGAUUUCCUUGCUGUCCAUAACACACAGGCCUUCUCUGUGGAAAUACCACACUCAUUUAUUACAAUUUGAUGGCGAAGGAGGUUGGCGCUUUGAACAGUUGGACACUGCUACCCGCUUAACACUAAGUGAAGAGAAACAGAAGCUAGAGUCUCAACUAGCUGGAAUUCCCAAAAUGCAGCAGAGACUCAACGAACUGUGUCAAAUUUUGGGAGAAGACUCGGUGCUGAAAACAAACCAAAAUGAAGAGGACACACCCUAAAAUUGAUCUCGCUGUGCUUUAAGGUAACUUUUAGGUAAAGCCCUGGAGACUCUCUUCACUGCAUGCAGUGUGUUAAGUGCAGAGAAAGCAGGCCAGCAAAAAGUGUUUUGUAUAAGAUAACCUUUCAAAAGAGAAAAGGUGAAAUCAUUAGUUGAGACCAAUCUUGACUUCCACUAAUGCCCAAUCAAAGGCCAACUCACCUAUAAAGCAGGACCCUCGAUGUGAAUGCAUGUGGUCUGGGGUUCUUCAUGUGGGAGAAAGCCCCAAGGCAAAGCAAUGAGAACAGCACCUGGCUUGACGCCAGGUGUGCAGAAUUAGAACUCCGAGCGCUGUUUCCGCCCACUCACCAUGGACGGGAGGUGCAACACCUGAAAUCCAUAAUCAGCAUUGCCGGCGGCCAGCUAAAUCUGUGUGCAAAAUGACAGUUUGAUUUAAAAAAAUCAAUAUGAGAAACAAAUGCAUUUUAAUGACAGUAGUGGAAAACAGGCGUGGCUAGGCAAGUAAGUAUAAACUACUGUAUAUAAAAUUUUCAGACUUUGAGCAGCUUAAUACAGACACAAACAAUUAACUUUAAUAAGAAUUGUUUGUAUUUAUUAAAAACCCUUUUACUUUUAAAAAGAGGUUUGGCCACACAGAAGAGGAGGAUCCCAACCAUGCUCAUCCUGGCUGUGCUUGACUCCACAGAGCUAUCUGCUUCACCUUUUAGGCAGGAAUACUGCUUGUUUGGUGCCCAAAGAAGCAUUUUUAAAACUUGGUUAUUGUGCUAAAUGUGGAUCCUAGAGUUCAUAGUUAUUCCCACAUUCAUUUCACUUUACUCUGCCUUUGAAGCAGUCUUUUGAGGCAUCUAGUUUUUGCUCAUUUGUUUCGGAGAAAACAGACACUCCAAAUUAUUUAAUCGUGUGACUUAUUUUGGAAGACAAUGUAGAGGUCAAAUGAAGUUCAUGACUCUCUGAUUCAGUGCUGUAACCACUAUUGUCCCCUCAAUUUAACUGGGCUAUGAUGUCAACAAAAAAUGAGAUGGGCCAGGCAGGUGGCCAGUAAUAGAAUUGUAGGCAGAGCAGGGAUAAGGGAAAAGUUAAAGUAGAUAAGUAGAUACAAUUGAGGGCAUGGAGAAAUGACACUUGCUUCUCUCCUAGGGAACCUUAAAUUUAUUGCCAGCACCCACAUGGUGGCUCCAAAACUAUGUCUAAUUCCAGUUCCGGGGGAUCUGAUGCCCUCUUCUAGCCUCCAAGGACCUUGCAUGCAUGUAGUGCUCAUACAUAUAUUCAGGCAAGAUACUCACAUACAUAGCAUUAAAAAAUAAAUAAAUCUGAAAGAUAGUAAAGAUAUUGAAAAUUGGCAUUGCUAAUAAUAUUAUUUAGUUAGUGUUUGCAAGAAAUGGAAAUUGAGUAGGAAAUGGAAUUGUCAUUGGUGUUUGACUUUAAACGAACCAAGGCAGUCAGCACACUGCAGCUAUAUAUGUCUCCUUGAUGCGGGGGUGUCUGCAGCAGCACUCAGAAGGGCAGUACGUCGUACUUCAGGUAAGUUUCGUAUUGCUGAAUAUGAUGAGACACAAUCUAUGCGAGUCCGUCUUAGGAAAUAGAUCUCAUCAGUUUGUGUGCACGGGAGUACCGAGCAUAACUGAUACUUUAAUCUCAUCCUCUCUCAGGCAUGAUGAUGUAUCAAAAACUAAGAGGACCAGUUAUAGUGGCUUAGGCUUUUGUUUGCAUAUUUAGACAUCAUCUUAGCAGAUGCUCAUCUAUCAUAGACUAUUUGGAGCUAGACUACCUGGAAGACAUCCACAAUGAUUGCUGUAAGAAAUUGCAGCAUUUCCACGUGCUCAAUUCCACAAAAUCUGGGCAAUUUGAAUUAUCAGUAAAUGCAACCACCUUACAUGAAGUAAUAAUAUGAAGUUCAUAAUCAGUAAUUUUUCUUUUAUCUAUUACUACUACUUCCUACUAAAAAUGUGAGGCAAGAACUAAAGAUUCUGCCUAGAGAAACUAUGGAACUGGAAAGUGACACUUGUAUUUUAAAACAAUUCCCUUAUCUUUAAACCAUGUUAGCAGUUAGCCAAGUUAUAAUACUAAAGGGGUAAUGUUUGAAACAAAUACAUUGCAUUAGCUUUUAAAGGCACCAGAGGAAAAUUAAAAGUUCACAUUUGAAACUAUAAUUUUCCAUUUAAGACCUGCUAUCUACUGAUUUUCUGAAUUGCUUUUUCUGAGACCAAAUAGUUUUUUUAAAAAAAAAGUUACUGAUUUUUCUGAACUACUUUUUCUGAGACCAAAUAGCCUGUCUUGGAGGGAGAACUCUGAUGAGAACUUGUGUUAGGUACCACAACACUCUUUCCAAAGUGGGAGAGCAGAGCUGAUAUUCUAACAGGCACACUUGUGAAAACGUGGAGAUCCCUGAGCCAUCUUCUUCUUUGAAUAGAACAAAGAAUGAAUAAGGAAAAUGAAGUAUAACUUCAAGUGUCAAAUGUUCUUGCCCUCAGAAAAGGCUCAAUUAUUUGGGGGGUUAACUCACAAGCUGCCUUCCGUAUAAAUGUAACGUUCUAUCUGCAGCUCUCUGCAGCACGCUCUGGCAUGCCAAGCAUGAGUCUGAAGCUGCGUGCACUCUCAUAGACAGGAUAGUCUCUACAAUGCUCUUGAAUCCAAAGGUGAUGAUCUAACUUGAAAACCAACCCAAAUUAUCCCUCUUUACCCAGGAAUGCUUUUCCUUUGAUGGUAAUUUAACUGUUGCUCCGAAUUUUGGUGUGUCAAAAAUAAAAAGGUAUAGACAAAUGUGUUGGUUUUUAUUUGAGUAAAAAUGUGUGCUUGUGAAAGAUGUAACUUACUUCCAUAUUUGAAAUAGUUUUUGCCUGUGUGUUCCCCCAAAGCUUGUUGUACGGUAGAACUGAAACCCAGAGGAAGUUACGUGUUUAGAGAUGUGAAAAACGUGGUAACCAUUAUUAAAUUAUUUAUUUAAAGAGA